AUGGCUGCAUCCGCUAAUGGAAGCACGAAGGGGUCGGAAACCGACUUACCUAUCGGUAAGGAUGGGACGACACUUCACUUGAAGUGCAAAAGCGAUGAGUUGGCUGACCGCAUCAUUUUUGUUGGUGAUCCAGGGCGGGUAGACGUCAUUUCCGGUUACUUCGACAAGGACAGCAUCCGCGCCUCCCGUGAUCACCGUGAAAUUCGUUUUGCCACUGGAACUUACAAGGGAACUCCAGUUACCGUUAUAAGCACCGGUAUGGGUGUGGACAACAUCGAAAUUGUCCUGAAUGAAAUUCACGCAUUGAAGGAGUAUGACAUGGAGCGUGGCCAGUGGCGCCAUCGCAAAGGUGAUGCAGAUGCACCAAGCGCUGGUCCCUUCUUUGACCCCUCCACCAUGAAGAUCAUCCGCCUCGGAACUUGUGGCUCACCUGCUGAGUCGGUUCCCCCUCUGGCACUUGCUGUCACGCGGCACGCCAUUGGUAUGGACAACACUUCCCUCUACUACUCGGCUGGGACUCGUGAGACAUCAAAGGACCAACAAGAGAUUCGCCGUAUUGUUCGUGAGCAAACGGGGCUUCGUGCAAUUGAUAUUUACACAUCAAUGGCGCAUCCCAAUAUCACCAAGAGCAUUUGUGCUGCCUGCGAUGCCCACAACGCUGCCACUGGAUCAGAAGCUGAUAAGCAACAAUACGUAAUUGGGACGACAGCCACCGCAAGCGGUUUCUACGGUUGCCAGGGGCGCCGAGUUGGGCGGUUCAUGAAGCAUCUUACCGUACCAAAUAUGGUGGAGGAACUUGGAAGCCUGAAGUUUAACCUAAGCAACGGUGUGGAGGUCGUUACCAAUAUCGAGAUGGAAACGAGCGCCAUUUGUUACCUUUCCGACAUGUUGGGUUAUCAAGCUGGAGCCGCCUGCGUCGUCGUCUCAAAACGCGUUGGGGAAAAGAAAAUGUUUCUUGGUGAUCAGCUUGAUGCCGCAAUGAAGCGGUGUAUCAAAAUCAUACUUGAAGCGCUUGUCAGCGCUUAG